AUGCCCGCUCUCCACCUCCACGGCUCCAUCGCCUCGCUUCCUCCUCGGGCCAGAACCGGACUCUCUGCGCCGAACUCAUAUUCGCCAUUGAUCCGUCCUCGUUCAUUGCUCUCCGCGAAGCAGCCCAGAGCCUUCAGACGCAGCGGCCUGAUCGGCUCUCGGAGCAAUGUGCGGCGCUGCGUGCAAGCGAGCAGCGGGAACGACGGAUCGCCUUCUGGCACGCCAAACACCUCGAUCAAUCUACAUUCCACUGCUUCGAACGCGUCGGAAUCGCAGGCGAGAUCAGUGAAUGCAGCUGGCGGUAACGCCGGAAACGAUGCGAAAACAUCUACUAAUGUCGCCGGCAGUAAUGCGUUCUCCGUUGUUGCAUCUUCUGCUGUAGCCUGUCUCGCGUCCGUCCUCCUCGCGACCACCGCUAUCACCGGCGUCUCUCCCGGCGCCGUCGCGCCCGCUCUGGCCGAAGAGCCCGCCGCCGCCGCGUCCGCAUUCGGCAGGGCAUUCAGCGCCCGACUGGACAACCUCCUGCCGUUCCUCACCAGCGCCGGACUGAACGGCGCGAUUGACGACACCGACGCGGACAAUGGCGCGUACGCGGAGGAGCUGAGCGCGCUGGGGACCGUGGGGGAGCUUGCGCGCGUGGCGGAGUUUGCGCCGGUGGGCGGAGCGUCGGUGGCGGAGGAGUACAUUCGGCCGGGGCACCGACCGGACCUGCCCAUGAGCAGCCCUCUGUUCGGCCCCGCGAGGCAGGCCGACGAGCCGCAGCAGGUGCACAUCAGCCUGGCAGGGCCUGGCGCCAUGCGGGUAACGUGGGUGACGAUGGACGGUGCAGCACCUGCAGUGGUGCAAUACGGUGACGCGCCAGGGCGCUACACGCACACUGUCACGGGCACCACCACCAAAUAUAGCUUCCUCUUCUACCGGUCGGGGUUCAUCCACACAGCAGUCAUUGGCGGCCCAGAGCAGCCCCUCGCCCCCAACACCGUCUACUACUACCGCGUCGGCACUACAGACACCACCGCUGAGGUGUCCCAGCCUGCUGCAGCGGCUGCUGACGUGGCAACAGUAGGGUCGAGCAAUGCUGCGUCGCCUGCCGCGCUUUCCUUUGUGUCAAAUGCAGCGGGUAGCGGCAGCAGCAGCGGCGGUGCGGGGCAAGCGGAUUUGAUCAGCAGUGGGAGGGGCAUCGUGGGGAGUGGGUUCACGGAGCGGUCCUUCAAGACCCCGCCUGCUGACCCCUCAGACUCCAUCAACAUCGCCAUUGUUGGUGACAUGGGGCAGACGGGGUGGACGGUGUCAACGCUGGACCACAUAGCCCAGCAGCCGCACGACCUGCUCGUGCUCCCCGGGGACCUCUCCUACGCCGACGCCUACCAACCCCGCUGGGACACGUGGCAGAACCUCAUUGAGCCGCUGGCAAGCGCGCGCCCGUGGAUGGUGAUCCCGGGGAACCACGAGAUAGAGAGCCUGCCGGGGCUGGUGCGGCCGUUCACGGCGUACAAUGCGCGCUGGACCAUGCCGGCUGCUGAGAGCGCGUCGCCCUCCAACCUGUUCUACUCGUUUGAGAGUGCCGGCGUGCACUGGGUCAUGCUCAACUCCUACUCCGACUUUGAACCGGACUCUGUUCAGGGACAGUGGCUCAAGAGCGACCUGGCGCAGGUGGACCGGUCGCGCACGCCGUGGCUGGUGGCGGUGGUGCAUGCGCCGUGGUACAACAGCAACACGGCGCACCAGCUGGAGGCGGAGCCCAUGCGCCGCGCUCUCGAGCGCGUGCUCUAUGAUGCACGCACCGACAUGGUGUUUGCCGGCCACGUGCACGCCUACGAGCGCACGGAGCGGGUGUUUAACGAGAAAGUGGAUCCGUGUGGUCCUAUUCACAUCACCAUUGGGGAUGGCGGCAAUAAGGAGGGCCUUGCCACCAGGUAUCUGUCUCCCUCUCCCGAGUGGUCCAUCUUCCGAGAAGCUUCCUUCGGUCAUGGGGAGCUCAAGAUCUUUGGGAAGCAAAAGCAAGCCCCAGAUGGAUCGGAAGGGGCAGAAGUUGCAUACGGGGAGGCAGAGUGGGUGUGGCAUCGCAACGAUGACGAUGAAUCAAUGUGGCAACUCGUGGAACCAAUGGAGGAGGAUCACGGUAAACUUAGAUCGAGCUCCUUCCGCCGGCGUCGGGAAGCCAUGCGGGUUUUCCACGCUAUAGACGCGAAUGGCGACGGAAUGAUCUCACAGAAAGAGCUCUCCGAGGUGCUGGAGAAGCUAGGUAAUCGCAACUCGACAUUGGCGAAAACCAUGAUUCAAUCUGCCGAUCAAAACGGCGAUGACAUGAUCGACUUCGAGGAGUUCCUGCAAGCUGCGCGGUUCAACCACCACGGCUCGUGUCUCUGCUCACCCAGCCACGCGUCGGACUCGUCGGAAGAGAUCUCGUCAGCGGCUUGCGAUUUGGAAGAAGAGGAGGAGGAAAUCGACCUGGCGAAGGCCUUCGCUGUGUUCGAUAGGGACGGCAAUGGGACGAUAGGAGCGGAGGAGCUUCAGAAGGCCAUACGCGACCUUAGCGGAGAGACUCUGUCCGUUGAGGAUUGCAAGCGCAUGAUUGCGCGGGUUGACUCUAACGGGGAUGGCUUGGUUGAUUUUGGAGAGUUUUCCAAGAUGAUGGAGGGGGUGUUUGGAUAA